AUGUCACCCCAUGGCCUGGCAAUCAGAAUCAUCUUCGUUGCUCAGACAGGAGUUGGAAUGCUGGGAAAUAUCUUGCUCCUUUAUUGUUAUAUCUUCAUUCCCCACACUCAACGGAGGCUAAAACAAACAGAUCUGAUUAUCAAAAAUUUAAUUUUGGCCAACUGGUUUGUUCUUCUCUCCAGAGGAAUUCCUCACACAAUGGUAGUCUUGGGGCUGCAAUAUUCUAUGGGCAAUACUGGGUGCAAAUUGGUCUUCUAUCUUCAUAGGGUGGCCCGGGGUGUGACUCUUGGUACUAUUUGUAUCUUGAGUGGCUGCCAGGCCAUCACAAUCAGUGCUAGCCAUCACAGCUGGGUGAAAGUCAAGGCCAAAGACCCCAAGUACAUGGCAUUUUCCAUUACAUUCUGCUGGAUUCUUCACAUGCUGGUAAACAGCGGUGUCCCUGUGUACAUUACAGGUGCCAGGAGAAGCAGCAACAGCACACUCUAUAAACACUAUGGGUAUUGUUCCAGUAUAACUAGUGAGCAAAUGGAAAACUUAGUGUAUUCUAUGAUCAUGUCUUCCAUUGAUGUGCUGUCUUUGGGGUUUAUGGUGUCGGCCAGCAUCUUCAUGAUGCUCGUUUUGUACAGACAUAAGCAGAGUGUUCUACACAUUCACAGCAAGAACUUCUCUUCCAAAUUCUCUGCUGAGACCAGAGCCACCCAGACCAUCUUCAUUCUACUAAUCACAUUUUUUUCUCUAUACAUCCUAUCUUCAUUCUUUACCUUUUAUCUGUCUUACUCUGAUCAACCCAGUCCAGGGCUGAUGAACAUCAGUGCGCUCUUAGCGGCCAGCUUCUCCUGCGUAAGUCCAUUCGUGAUCAUCACCAGGGACUCACACUUCUCUAGGCUGUUUUGUAUGCUAUGCUGCCCAAAGAUGAACAAUUUCUGUAAGCUAAUCAUGGAUGUAGGUGGCAUAUCGGUGAGGUCUUGGUUGGUUGCCAGCAGGGCAACAUGGGAUGGGUGCAUUACACAUGAGAAACAUUCCAUGUCAAAGCUUGGCAAGCUUCACAAGCAGAACCCAGCGAGCAGCAUACAACAAAUGACAAGCAAAAAGCAACACUGCUGA